GCAAGUUUUGAAUGGAAUUUGGGCAUAGUGGCGAUGUGAUGAAGAAGAGGUCAAGUUUUGGAUUAAGUGUUGCUGAUGAGAAGAUUAAACUGAUUGAUAUUCUGUCUGAAGAUGAUUACUUUCUUGUUGCUUGUGAUCAUUCUCUUCAAUCCUCCGUCUCAGGAAUUGAAAGAAUGGAACAAAAAGAGCAGAAUCUGUGUGUUCAAGAAUCAAGAACAAGUUUUCUAAGAAGAAGCUUAGCAUGGAACAGCGCCUUUUUCAACAGUUCAGGAGUUCUGGAUCCUGAUGAACUCUUCUUCAUGAACAAUGGAGCCAGUGAGACCAGUCUUCUACCUGCUGCUCAUGAAGUCCGAAAUCGAAGAUCCGAAUCCGAAUCCACUAAAAAUAAUGUCAGCAUUUUUGGAGACUGGUUUGAGCUUCAACCAUCAAUCACUGAAUCCAAGUCAAGUAAAGCUUUGAAUGUUGUAGAAAGAAGUUCAAAAUCUAGACCUAAACAAAUUGCCCAAUCUUCAAGAAUAUGUGAUAGGUCUUGUAAUAGCAAGGUGGUUAUUAAAUCUGAUCGAACUUCGAUUGGAAGUAUCAUCAAUGUCGAGAGCGAAGGGAAGAUGAAAAAGGAGGUAAAAACAUUUUUUUUUUGGUAA